AUGAUUGCAUGCGUGUCAGAUAUGCAGCAAGUGGGAAAUGUGGAUCCUGGACCGACGGUUGGUACACAGUUGACGCGGCAGCCGGUUCAUCGAUCCACGCUGCUUUGGGAGACGCCAGCCGGUCAGGUAGUGCCAGGCGUGCUAAACUGCAGACGCCGAAGUUGCAAGUUACCCGAGCAUGGGCUUGACCCACGGAUUGCUCGGUACAUAACUGAGGCGGGUUUUGAAGGGUUAUUCAAGGUCCCAAACUUGGAAGUGGAUCAUGCGUUGAUCACAGCACUAGUUGAGCGUUGGCGUCCGGAGACGCACACAUUCCACCUACCGCAUGGAGAGAUGAGCAUCACCUUACAAGAUAUUGAGGUGAUGCUAGGGGUUCCUGUUGAUGGGUUGCCAAUUACUGGGGCUGUGAAGAUGGAUUAG